UGCACCACUUCACGGUCUGCAAACGUAUUAAAAUUCAUCGGAUCAACUGAUGUUUAGGGUCUCCGAAGGUAUUUAAAAUUAUACAUUUUUGAAAAAUAUAGUUUCUGAUGGUGGCUGUGGGCACUUCGCUGCUACUUGUUUGGAAUAUACGCCUACCCGCCGCGGUUUUCGGGUCGUUAUGAUUAUGGAAACCUGCUAUUUGAGUCACGUAGUCCUAACCCGUCUUUCUCUGUUGGUCCUCUUGGUCGUUCUGAGACCCCUCAAUGCGUGGAUUUACACCUCCAGCAGCAACGAUAUGGAUAGGGCACUGGUAACAGGGGUAUACUUCUCUCCCCGGGUUACUAACGCUGAAGAAAUAACUGCCAUAACUGCCUUACCAAAAUACUUGUUUACUACUCCGGCAACUUCUACGGACUUUAGGGAGGUAUCAUCACCAUCAUCUGGAACAGAACUCCACCACAGAGUCAGGCAUUCCGAUGAGAGUGAGACACGGGCGUUGAGUGAAGACAAAUUAGCCACUGAACAAAACAUACGUCUCUCCUCGGGCUCAACCAGUUGGACAUCAGAAGGAACCCUUGGUUUGUCGACAGAGCAGAGGAGCUCUACCAUUGUAGUGUCUACAGAGGCUACCACACAGUGGGAGGACAAGACCAGACUAACACCAGACCACCUACCAGAGGCCUACUCUGGGCUCCCAGCACAGCUCAGGGCUUUGACUGAAACAAAACGCUCAGUAGAACUUAAGUCUGUGUCUGUUACGGAAGCCAGACCACCUCAGGACAGCCCUGAUGCUGACAGCAAUCUCAGAGGGGACCAGUCCACAAACCGAGGUACUGUGGAUCUCAGAGAAGACCAAUCCACAACCCAAGGCACCGUGGGUCUCAGCGAGAACCAGUCCAUGAACCAAGGUAUUGAGGGCCUCAGAGAGGACCAGUCCACAAACCGGGGUACUGUGGGUCUCAGAGAGGACCAGUCCACAAACCGGGGCACCAUGGGUCUCAGUGAGGACCAGUCCACAAACCAAGGCACUGAGGGCCUCAGAGGGGACCAGUCCACAAACCAAGCUACUGUGGGGCUCAGAGAGGACCAGUCCAAUAUCCAAGGCACCAUGGGUCUCAGUGAGGACCAGUCCACAAACCAAGGCACUGAGGGCCUCAGAGAGGACCAGUCCACAAACCGAGGUACUGUGGGUCUCAGAGAGGACCAGUCCACAAACCGAGGCACCGUGGGUCUCAGAGAGGACCAGUCCACAAACCAAGGCACUGAGGGCCUCAGAGAGGACCAGUCCACAAACCGAGGUACUGUGGGUCUCAGAGAGGACCAGUCCACAAACCGAGGCACCGUGGGUCUCAGCGAGGACCAGCCCACAACCCGAGGCACCAUGGGUCUCAGAGAGGACCAGUCCACAAACCGAGGUACUGUGGAUCUCAGAGAGGACCAAUCCACAACCCAAAGCACCAUGGGUCUCAGCGAGGACCAGUCCACAAACCAAGGCACUGUGGGCCUCAGAGAGGACCAGUCCACAAACCGAGGCACCGUGGGCCGCAGCGAGGACCAGUCCACAAUCCGUGGCACCAUGGGUCUCAGAGAGGACCACUCCACAAACCAAGGCACCGUGGGUCUCGGCCAAGGACAGUCAACAGAUACUCUCAGGCAGGAACAGUGGACCGACCUAGGAACCAUGGCUCUCCCCAUCCCUGUCCACACCGACCGCACCUACAUCUCCUCCACUAUGAGUCGAGCGGGAGAGAGGACCUUACUGUCUGUGAGCUCCAACAGCACCUCCAUGUACCCUAAGGACUCCACCUUGGGCCUCCCGACCAGCCGCACCGAUGCCGGGGCUGGGGAUGUCACCGACAGGAUACCCUCCACUGGACCUGACCAUGGGCAUGACACUACAUCUGGGUCUGACUCUCACCCCCACUCCAACACCAACUCUUCACAAGAGAGGCCUGGUGGUUUGUCCUCCAGAGGGACCAACCCGCUGACUGAACCCCCCAAUGUGACCCAACAGCAGGACCUCACCUCUCUGAUUUCGGAGGGAACCCCCUACUCCACCCCCCCUCUCAGCGUGGCUGAUAACCACAGCAGACAGGACACAGACACAACAGACUCCAGUCAGCCUUCCAGAGGCAGGACGUCCCAGACAGAAGAUGGGGUCCCUGAUUCUUCACAGCCCCCCUUCCUGUUUUCAGAAGGACCCAGUCAUCCCAGCACCAACACCUCUCAGGGAGGAGAUAGAGAUACUCCCUCCAUCAUGGUCAACGGGUCUGGCACUUCCACAGAGUCCUCCACAGGUGCCCUCAGCACCCAGGGGGGCCAGGGUGAGACAGAAGGAGUCACAUCACUCCACACAGAGGACACACCUACCAUCAUAGGUCUGGCUCUAACUACUGCUCACCCAACGCUACGAGAAAGUUCCACCGCCCUGGACGACUCCCUGUCCCGGUUCAUCUCAAGCCAGCCUCCCUUUGUCCCCAAGACAGAGCAGCCAUCGCCGGCGGUGACCACAGAGGUCCUGAUGUCCACCACAUCCGUUACCGUUACGAUGACGUCACAGGUCACUGAGGAGGAGACCUACAGAUUUACUACGGCAACCAGCACCACACUGACACCCCCUCUGGUUACGACAAGGAUGGUUCAGCUUAGCACCACCUCCGUCGAAGCCCAGACUCAACCCACCACCAUCCCUACCACCAUUACCACUGAGACCACUCUGGGUCUCCAGACCUCGGCUUCAACCCCCCUGCGCCCAGCUACACUUCAGACCCAGACCCAGGAGCCCUCAACAGGGGUGAGCUUCACCGACGUCACCAGCUUCACCGAUGUAACCACCUUGCACUUGGAGACCAGCACGGCCACACCGGGGAACACCACGCCCUACAGCGGCCAGGACAUCAACACCACUACUACUACAGCCUCCUCUUCCUACAGCCACAGCACCACCACCAGGAGCACAGUGGAACUGCACACUACAGGGAAACACACUGACAGGGGGACCACUGAGGUAGAAGUGACCGCAGCUCCAAUGGACAUCAGAUCUACAUCUCAGACACCAGGUAGUGCCUGUGAAUCCAACCCCUGUCUGAACGGAGGUGAGUGUGGAGAGACCUAUGGAGGGAGGGAAUUCACCUGUUACUGUCUGUCAGCAUGGACAGGACCUAGCUGCAAUGAGGAUGUGGAUGAGUGUGAGAUUGGCCCCGGCCCCUCGGGCCCAUGUCCCAGUGACUCUACGUGUGUUAACACCAGGGGCUCCUUCAGCUGCGAGUGUCCCCUGGGCCUUGACAUUGAGAACGGACGAGACUGCACGCGAGCAAAAACCUUCUUGGGGACGUUCAGUGUCAACAACUCUCACUAUGACCCACUGCUCUCCCGGAGCGCCACACUGCAUGAGAUCCAGAGAGAGAUCAACCAGCUGCUCAAUGCCUCAUUAUCAAUUCUGCAUGGUUACCGGCGCUCUACUUUGAGUAAAAAAGGGGAAGACGGAGUUCAUAUCUCUGCUGUCAACAUGUUCUCCCUCUCUGCUGACGUGACCAGCUCUGAGGUCUACGACAGCAUACAGAUGUCUCUGAACAACUGUAACAGCACUGCUGGACACUGCAGAGUGGUGAUCACUCACCAGCUCUCCUAUCAAGUUGAGAGUCUGUGUCUGGCCCAGAACACCCAGUGUCACCUAGAGCGUUCCUUCUGUGUCGACUCCAAUGGGACAGCCUACUGCCAGUGUCAACCAGGGUACUUCAAACUCAACCCUGAGGACCAGUCCUGCCUAGAAUGCGGUGAUGGUCUGAAACGGGUCAAUGGAACCUGUGUCAGGUGCACAUUUGGAUUUGGAGGAUUCAACUGUGGAAAUUUCUACAAGCUGAUAGCUGUGGUGGUAUCGCCAGUAGGGGGUGCCCUACUCCUUGUUCUCAUCAUCGCUCUCAUUGUCACCUGCUGCAAGAAAGACAAGAAUGACAUCAACAAGAUCAUUUUCAAAAGUGGCGAUUUUCAAAUGUCGCCGUACGCAGAGUUCCCAAAGAGUAACCGUGUUUCUAUGGAGUGGGGGAGAGAGGCCAUCGAGAUGCAGGAGAACGGUAGCACCAAGAACCUGCUACAAAUGACAGACAUCUACUACUCUCCUGCGUUACGUAACUCUGACCUAGAGCGUAACGGCCUCUACCCGUUCUCUGGCCUGCCAGGCUCCCGUCACUCCUGUAUCUAUCCCGCCCAAUGGAACCCUUCAUUCAUUAACGACGACUCACGACGUCGGGACUACUUCUGACGCCCAGCUACCCCGCCUCUGGUCCUGCCUAGCCAGCCAACCCCACCUCUGGCCCUGCCUAGCCAGCCAACUCCGCCUCUGGCCCUGCCUAGCCAGCCAACUCCGCCUCUGGUCCUGCCUAGCCAGCCAACUCCGCCUCUGGUCCUGCCUAGUCAGCCAACUCGGCCUCUGGCCCUGCCUAGUCAGCCAACUCGGCCUCUGGCCCUGCCUAGCCAGCCAACUCCGCCUCUGGCCUUGCCUAGCCAGCCAACUCCGCCUCUGGCCCUGCUUAGCCAGCCAACUCCGCCUCUGGCCCUGCCUCACCAGCCAACUCCGCCUCUGGCCCUGCCUCGCCAGCCAACUUUGCAUCUGGCCCUGCCUCGCCAGCCAACUCCGCCUCUGGCCCUGCCUCGCCAGCCAACUCCUCUUCUGGCCCUGCCUCACCAGCCAACUUUGCAUCUGGCCCUGCCUCACCAGCCAACUCUGCCUCUGGCCCUGCCUAGCCAGCCAACUCCGCCUCUUGCCCUGCCUACCCAGCCAACUCCACCUCUGGCCCUGCCUCACCAGCCAACUCCGCCUCUUGCCCUGCCUCACCAGCCAACUCCGCCUCUUGCCCUGCCUAGCCAGCCAACUCCACCUCUGGCCCUGCCUCACCAGCCAACUCCGCCACUGCCAUAAGCCUAAUUUACACACCUUCUACUUCACUUCAGCGUCCACACAAGGUCCGCAUCUGCGCACCUCCUUGGCAAAGUGUCCGAACGGACAGGAGUGGACAUUCGAUUUUGCAUAAUUUUGUUUGAGUGGACCAAGCGGACAGCUCAGAAGUGGAAGGUGUAAAUUAGGCUUUAGCCUGGUCCCAGAUUUGUUUGUGCUCUUGCAUACUCCAUUGCUGUCCUUGUCAAGCCAAACAUGGCAAUGAGUGAUAAGGAGUUGGCAUGGUAGCAUAAACACACUGGCACGCAGGCUACCACUGCCUGGUCUCCAGUCAACCACAUCCAUGAUUAAGUGCACCAAAAACACUUCACACUGAUUUGAUCAGUGCAAAUUUGAUCAUAUGAUUUGAUCGUAUGUCAAAAGCAAUAAUAAAAGCAAUCCAUAAAUGAUAAAAGUUACGGUGUAUACCAUGUAUUCAUAAUAUGUGGAUGCAUGUCUGUCUGUUCUGCAAAGUGUGUGUGUGUCUGUGUGUAUGUGUGUGUGUGUGUGUCUGUGUGUAUGUGUGUGUGUGUGUGUGUGUGUGUGUGUGUGUGUGUGUGUGUGUGUGUGUGUGUGUGUGUCUGUGUGUAUGUGUGUGUGUGUGUGUGUGUGUGUGUGUGUGUGUGUGUGUGUGUGUGUGUGUGUACUGAAAAAGCAGGUUGAAAAGAGAAUGCUGCAAAAAACCUGUUUUGUGUGUGUCAAGUAUUGUUACAUUGUGUAAAGAUAUUUAACGACAUGUCAGAUGGAAAAUCAAUGUACUGUAUUUGUCAGAUGAAGAAUAGAUGCACCAAAGUGGUUUCCUAUGACACAUUGAAUGAUGGUCAAGCUGCUGUCUGUCGAUCGGAACAGUACAACAGUUUUUGUAAUUUAUUGAAUGUAUUUCAACAGUUAAAAAUGUAUGAAGACAUUUUCAACAUGUUGCAUUGUCAGAGGGACUCAUACCCCACCCUGUUCUGUAGGGACAAACAUCUGAAGUUUGGAACACAAAAGGCUGUGUGUGCGUGCGUGUGAGUGGACGCGUGUGUGGAUGUGUGGAUGUGUUUAACUAUACUUGUGGGAACCCACAUUUGACUAACUGGGGAUAUUUUGUUGGUCCCAACAAGGUCAAAUGCUAUUUCAAGGGGGUUUAGGGUUAAGGUUAGAAUUAGUGUUAGGGUUAGAAUUAGGUUUAGGGUUAGGAUUAGGAGCUACGGGUUAGGUUUAAGGUUUGAUUUUCAGGUUAGGGUUAAGAUUAGGGUACGGGUUAGGGUUAGGGAGAAUAGGAUUUUGAAUGGGACUGAAUUGUGUGUCCUCACAUGGUUCGUUGUACAAGACUGUGCGUAUGUGUGUGAAUCUUGGAUUCAUUCAGUUCAAUAAACAUGCUAAGUGUCAGCUCUCAUUUAUGGUUUGCAUAGAGAUGUACUAUAUUUGUAGAUAGAGUACCCUUUUAUAUCUUUGUUGUUUUCCUUCUAAUAUGAAUGGUCUAUUACCUCUGGCGUUUUAGUCAGACAUGCAUAUUUAAUAAAUAAAAGAACAUUCUGUACAAUU